AUGGCGCUGCUCAAAGUCAAGUUUGACCAGAAGAGAAGGGUCAAGUUGGCCCAAGGACUCUGGCUCCUGAACUGGUUCUCGGUGCUGGCUGGCAUCCUCCUCUUCAGUCUGGGGCUGUUCCUGAAGAUUGAGCUCCGGAAGAGGAGCGAAGUGAUGGAUAAUUCGGAGAGUCAUUUCGUGCCCAACUCCUUGAUCAGCAUGGGGGUGCUGGCCUUCGUCUUCAACUCUCUGGCCGGCAAGAUCUGCUACGAUGCCCUGGACCCUGCCAAGUUCUCCACAUGGAAGCCGUGGCUGAAGCCCUACCUGGCUGUCUGCCUGCUCUUCCACGCCGCCCUCCUCCUCGUGGCCCUCUGCUGUUUCCUCCUGCAGGGCUCGCUGGAGACCACCUUGGAACAGGGGCUCCGGAAUGGCAUGAAGUACUACCGGGACACGGACACUCCUGGCCGCUGCUUCAUGAAGAAGACCAUGGACCUGCUGCAAAUUGAGUUCAGGUGCUGCGGCAACAAUGGCUUUCGGGACUGGUUCGAGAUUCAGUGGAUCAGCAACCGCUACCUGGACUUCGCCUCCAAAGAGGUCAAAGAUCGCAUCAAGAGCAACGUGGACGGGCGGUACCUGGUGGACGGGGUGCCCUUCAGCUGCUGCAACCCCAGCUCGCCGCGGCCCUGCAUCCAGCACCAGCUCACCAACAACUCGGCCCACUACAGCUACGACCACCAGACGGAGGAGCUGAACCUUUGGCUGGUGGGCUGCAGGGCUGCCCUGCUGGGCUACUAUGGCAGCCUCAUGAGCAGCAUGGGCGCCGCCACGCUCCUCGUCUGGCUCCUGGAGGUUGCCAUCACUGUGGGCCUGCAGUACCUGCACACGGCGUUGGAGAGUGCGGCGGAGGACCCUGAGGGCGAGAGCACGGGCUGGCUGCUGGAGAAGAGCCUGUCCGACACAUGGCGGGCCUUCCUGGUGAGCCUCAAGAGCCUGGGCAAGAGCAACCAGGUGGAAGCUGAAGGCGCCGAUGCAGGCCCGGCCCCAGAGGCGGGCUGA